AACUAAACUUGAAAUCUCACUUUGCUGAUAAAACAAACAUGGUUCCAGUUCCGACGCGGAAGCAGCUCGUAAGGUAGUAUAAAAAUAUCCCCGAUCGGAGAGGAAGACAUCACUUUCUUCACGGUCACCAGAAGCAGAACAACCAACCAUGAAAGCCUUAGCAGUUUGCUUGGUAAUCGCCGUUGUCGGCGUUUCGGCUGUUCCGGAAUACUACGCUGAGUUCCAACAAAUGUGGCAACAGUGGCAAGAGCAGCAGCACCAACUAGAGCUGCAACAACAGCAUCAGCACCAAUAUCAACAGCAACAGCACCACCAGCAGCAAAAUCAGCCCCAAUACCCACAAUGGCAAGAGCAGCAGUGGCAACAGCAACAACCUCAACAGAAGCCACCUCAACAGGAGUACAGCUCAGAUGGCUACAAAAUCAUUCCGGGAGUUGUCGACUCUCGUUGCCCCAGAACUGACGAUAUCGAUAGCCCAAUCCAUUUGCCGGUUCGUGGAAACUGCGGCAAGUUCAUGAAGUGCUACGGUGGCCGUGCCUACGAACAGGACUGCCCUGCCGGUUUGGAGUUCGGCAUCAACGUGAAUCGCUGCGAUUACCCUGCGCUGGCCAAGUGCAGCUCCAACGGAUGGUAAAACAGAACGAAACUGUGAUCGUGUAUUGAUAAUGCUUUAGUGCUUGAUGUAACUAUACAAUGAAAUCCACGUGUAGAAUGCUUAUAUGUCAACUACAAUAAAGAACAAAUGAGUAAUAUAUACGUUUGAUCAGCAA